ACCAUAGCCAUGGAGUUAGCUGACUGUCAGGACUAGCCAGCAGGGGGGCGACUUAGUGCUCUGGGCUUUUUAUUAUCCGUUUCCAAGUGUCACCGUGUGGAAGCUGCAACCUAGAAUCGUCGUUGCCGCUACGGGUCGCUCCUAGGAAAUAAACUUUUUGUGACCUCGUGCUCUAAAGUCACACGUCAUAGCUCGCGACGCCUGCUCCUGCCAGCCCAGCACUGUCCAAAGAAACGUUUUUAGCAAUCCGUUCGCAAGUAUUUUAGGCGACGUAAGAGUGGCUGCAGGAUCAAUCAGGUCCGAGCCAUGGCGUCGUCGCGACUCGCAGCAGCGAUGUUCAAUCGAUUGGACCUCCUGACGUGCUUCGUCUUCCUGCUCGUUCUCGGCCUAACCCAGCGCUUCCACCUCCUCCCGUCGGUCCCGUUGCCCGAGGAGUUCUUAUCGGACGCUAUGAUCCGCCCACCGGGACCGGUAUUGGGUGAUGAGAUCGCGAGAGGGCCGCGGAGGCGACUGCUAGAAGCUCCAUCGCAGGCGGAGGAUCGCGAGGCGCAGCGGCGGAUGGUGCGCGCGGCGGUGGAGCGAUGGAAGAAGGAGCAGCGCGCGCGUGACAAGCGUGAGAUGAACGAAUCGAUGCCCGACACGCAGCCGCCCAAGGGCGAGCGCUACCUGCUCGGACCGAAGAUAACUGACUGGGACGAGCAGCGCGCAGACUACGUGCGCAAGCACCCCGGGAGCAACGAGACCCGCCAGGGGAAGCCGAAGGUGAUGCUGGUGACGGGGUCGCAGCCGGGCAUGUGCGACAACGACGUGGGCGACUUCCUGUUACUGAAGUCGCUCAAGAACAAGCUCGACUACUGCUCGCCCAGGGACAUCCAGAUCUACUACAGCACGGCGAUUCUGGACCGUUCGAUGGACUCGUUCUGGGUGAAGCUGCCGCUGCUGAGGAAGCUGAUGCUGUCGCAUGCUGACGUGGAGUGGUUCUGGUGGAUGGACUCGGACGCCAUAUUCACGGACAUGACCUUUGAUGUGCCUUUUGAGACGUACGAGCCGCACACGCACAUGGUGAUGCAUGGCUACGACUCGCUGGUCUACGGCCAGAAGGACUGGGCGGGGCUCAAUGCAGGCAUCUACCUCAUCCGUAACUCACAGUGGUCGCUGGACUUUAUGGAGGACUUGGCGCAGUUUGGGGUGAAGGGGCCGAUGAGGGAUGCGGCAGGCGUGAAGCUGUUCAAGGAGCUCGAGACUCGUCCCAUGUUUGAGGGCGACGACCAGAGCGCCAUAGUGUGGCUGAUGGUGUACCACCCUGAGAAGUACGCCAAGCACAUCUACCUCGAGAGCAAGUACCAGCUGCACUCCUUCUGGCCCACCGUCACCGGCCGCUACGAGGAGCUGAUGGACAAGUACCACCCGGGGUACGGUGACCACCGGUGGCCACUCAUCACGCACUUUGUGGGCUGCAAGCCGUGCGGCAAGAUAGGCGUGAUUGAGUACGAGGCGACGCAGAAAUGCGUUGAGAACAUGGAGAGGGCCUUCAACUUUGCGGACAAUCAAGUGUUACGCAAGUUUGGUUAUGAGCACCUUCAUUUGGAUACGUUCCAAGUUGUGAAGAUCAAUUUCACCACGUACAAGGCAUCGGAGUUUGAUUCCCAUCCGCUCAAAUAUCGGCAAUUGGGCAUUUGAGAAAGCAAGUUGGUGGCAUGCAUUUCGCAUUGCACACACCUCGUUAGGUAGAUAGGAAAAGUAGGAGCACAUUAUUUAUUUCUUAUGUGUUGCUAUAGAGAAGGUGCUUACUGAUCUGCCUAGUUUGUUGGAUAAGGAAAAAUUGUGCCUCAUGUAGUUAUGAUCUUAUCCAUCU